CGUGCUUGUACUUAAAAAGGUGAUCGAUACGACCUAGUGGGAGCAAUGCGACGGCUGCAGAUUCGAUUCUCCUGUCGAUUCUGUCAUGUAGGUACUCCACCCUGCCACGUGUAACGUAGGAUGGUCGCACCACACUGGUCAUCAACCCGUCUGCAGUAGGCACUUCGGAAGAUCUACACGCACCAGAAAGUGCCAGGGACAAAGAUCGGAUGCACGGUCAUCAUGAAUUACGACCGAAUGCGUUGUGUUUUCAUCGUGAUUGGUGCCUUUCUAAUUGUCGCUACCAACGAUGGGAUAAUGUGCAUUUCAGGUAUUUACACGUCCUACUGGAUGGAAGAAAUCAGGGCCACAAGGUUUCAACUGGACUGGGUUGGGUCGAUUCAGAUGGGGCUGACAUUUUGUCUAGGUCCGUUCGCUGCUCGUCUCAUUCGGAAAUACGGAUGUAAGCUAACGACGGUUGCGGGCGGUUUCCUGUGUGGCGGCGGUUUCCUUUUGUGCGUUUUCACUGUACAUCUGAGCAUGCUCUACAUUUUCUAUGGGAUUUUAACAGGCAUUGGUUUCGGGUUGGCUUACAUGAGCGCAGUGGUAGCUGUCACUCUGAGCUUCGUUGAAAGACGACCGAUAGCAAUGGGAUUCGUAACAUGUGGAACCGGGGCAGGUUGUUCACUAUUUAGUGUGGCAAUCCCGCUUAUACUUGAGAAAAUGGAUUGGAGAAAGAGCAUGUACGUUCUUGCCGCGAUAACUGUCAACUUGUGCUUCUACGGAUGUCUGUUGCUACCCGGUAGAGAAGUAAGAGACGGACGCAGAGCUACCAAUGUACAAACCACAGUACCGCAGAAUGUGCCUAUGGAUCAGGCAUUAGAGCGCGAAGUACGCUUGCCCUCUCAGUUAAUGACUUCUACGUUCGCGCUUUAUUCCACCUGGGAAGUUCGAGAGGUGGAAAAAAGGAAAAUACUGAACAAUCUGUUGGGGAAUAUGGGAUCUUACGCUUUCAUGAACGAGCUAGAUCGGCUAUUCCCGGCGGGUCUGCAGCAAAAAAAAGGUCGACUGCACCUCUUCAAAGAAUUUACAUUUGUUACGCUUCUCAUAACCUCCUUCUUGAUCUCAUUCACUUUUAUGCCGCCUAUACUUUACUUGUUCGAUCGUUUGAGACAAAAGCAAAUCCAUGAAUCACUGAUAUCAGCAGUGCUUUCAGGGUAUGGGAUCGCCGGAGCCAUUACUAGACUUUUCGUCGGAGUCACUUCUUCAUUCACUUGGUGUAACAAAAGUGUGUAUAUGUUUUUCUGGGUGACCGUGUCUGCCGUUUCAACCAUACUGACCAUAUACAUGAAGAACGCAUCGCAUUUCGGGGCUUACGCCUGUGUUCUUGGUGGUGCAAGUGGUAUGUGUGUGUAAAUCUCUCAAACUCCUUAGUUCAGGUGCAUUUAUCGUGUUGCAGCCACUCGUUCUAGCCGAGAUGGUACCUUCAGAGGAUUUGACGGAUGCACUCGGAAUAAUCUUGCUAGCUUCUGGGAUGGGUUAUAUGCUCGGAACACCAGCUAUGGCGCUGGUAUACGACAACUGGCAAAGUUACGACGUGUGUUAUUUGGCUUGUGGAGCACUAGUAGGUGCUGCGGCUAUCAAUAUUGCCAUACUUGCGAUGGUGGACAUCAAAAAAAUUCUCAUGAGGAAAUAUGAGCAGCAACUGAAGAGAAGGAUUGAAGCAGAUAUGCAACAGUGCAGAGACGACCGCACGGAGAGUUCGCAGAGCAGUUGAGCAUCGUAUCGUACGGAGGUAUACAAUUUAGCACAAUUGCAUAUUUCGAGACUUGUACAACGCAUGACAGCAAACUGCUUCUGUGUCCCUUUACAAGCGCACGGAGUUCUCCAUCUCAAGUUGAACUAGCAAGGAGCAACACUAACGUCGCAUUGGUUUACACUACUACUUGGAGAACUCACGAAACCGCACAAGGAGCCUCAAAUGCGUGGAUAGCUUCAAAAAUCAGUGUACCCAUUAUUCUAUCAGAUGGAAUUUUGGCUUCGCUUUUUCGCUUUCUAGGUCAAGAGAAUUCAGCUGCCGUCAAAAUGAUCAAGGACUAAAUGUUCAAACGGAUAAUGAUUUUGAACUGAAUUGUUAACCGCAACAUUUGGUCACAGAAUAUUAACACGAUCUCAUUUUUGCUUAA